AUGACGGAAGCCAAGCCCUACACCUUGUGCGUCCCCGGAUCUCCGCGCGCCGUCCGACCGCCGACGAAGACGCACGAGCGACGCGUGAAAACUAACCCGCCCCCCCGCCCCCCUUCUCACCGCAGCACGACCAAGGUGCCCUUCUCUUCAGCCGCGGACGCCGAGGCUGUUUGCGCGACGCUCAGCGUGGAUAACGAGCUUCAGCCCGACAAGGUCACCAAGAAGCUUUCGGUCGAGGGCAACGAGCUCCGAGUUCUCGGCGACCGAGACCAGGCUCCUCCGCGCGGCCGUGGCCGCGUUCCUGGACCUGCUCAACCUAUCCAUCCGCACCCUCGAGAAGUUCGGCUCGGUCGAGGCCCCCGCCGCGUGAACAGCGCCGGUGGGCAUCGGACGGGGGCGGGUCUCCCGCGUGACUCCCUCGGGUUUCGCGUCGGCGUCGUUGGGCGUUAG